AUGAUUCCUCGAUCGCGAGCAGUUAAGUCUAGAAGUCCGUGUACAGUUUGCGUGAAGCGGAAAGUCAAGUGUGAUCGUGAAGUGCCGUGUUCGAAUUGCAGCAAAAGAGGCCAACAAGAGAAAUGUAUAGCAUCUAACCGUGUCAAGCUAGACAAGGUGGGGGCCGAGCCUUUAGAAUACAAACAGGAAUAUUUGAAACUAUGGCAUGAAUAUAGGUAUUGGGUUUUCGACUGGGGUCUAUUGCAAAAUGCGAGUCGGCCAAGUGUACGGCAACAGUCGGAUUGGAAAACUCAAAUCGAACGGGCAGAUUACUGGAGCAAUAAGUUGAACAUGGACAUGUCAUUCAAAUUGCUCGACUAUUCAGUGGAGAAACUCGGUGGUCUCUAUUUUGGGGUUUUAGGAGACGUGGGAGAACUCUACAUGGAACUAGAGACCUAUUGGGCUCGUAUCAGGGGCGAUCGUGCUGAAUACGGCCCCGAGAGUUAUUUCUGGAACGCUAUUCUAUGGUCAGUUCUCACAUUAACUGUGCAUUACAUACCAUUGAGCGUCUUAGAGGCAAUUAUGUUUGAGACGCAGUUCUCAGAAUUUCCUACCGAAGUAGAGCCUAGGUUCACCGAGCAAUUGAGAGAUGAGCUGGUGAGCGAGUUUAUCAAUGUUACAAUACAAAUGUUGAAAAGGGCUAAUUUUUUGGAGUGUCCCAAUAUUAGAACGAUACAGACAUAUUUGAUUUUGGCUUCAACUCCAUUUCCCAUCCUUGAACCUGCAUUGGCAAAUAGCCUCUUGACCCAUUGUCUGCAUCUCGCCAAGUACUGGCAAAUAGACCAAUUCCGGCCUUUGGUAGCGGAUACUCCAGAUCUAAGACUCACAAAGCUAGCAUGCGAGAAAAUUUGGUAUCGGUUAUGCGUUCAUGACUACAAUCAAUCAGGUCGUAAUAAACCUUUAUCAAUUCACGAGAGCAACAACUCAUUGCUAAACCAUGCGGCUUUUUUGAUGGAUAAGCCCAACGUUGAUGUGUAUCAGAGUGAGGAAAUGUUUGAAACUCUUCUCUGGAAAGUGACCUCCCUGGAUAGGGACCUUGAAAGAUAUUUCACAAGCCAAACCAAACCGCCUCUCAAAACGCUGGACGCAGUUCAACGGCAAAUAGACAUUUUCCUUCAUAAGAUUGGCAAUCUUGACUCCAAAAGCUCCUCAAGCAUCAGAUGCGAAAAGUUUGUUGUUAGUUUUCUGUUAAACGUGGUCAACUGGAAGCUUAGCAAUUUGACCUAUACGUAUUAUGAUCAAGACAGCGGUGCUGCCAAAAUCACACAGUUGAGCACGUUGUUAAUAGCUCAAGUCUUGAACAAUAUUAAGAGUCAAAUGGACUACUUGAAUAGAUUACCGAUUGUUCUCGUAUCGUUGGUCAAGAUUCUUGGCUUUCAUUCCUUAUGCUUCAUCUUCGACAAAUCGGCAAUAAAUGAACAGCUGGCACUCGACAUCUCAGAAAUCUUUCAAAGUAAAGACCUCAAGUACAGCGGAUUGUUGAGGGCAGCAGCAGGAUUGUCUGAAAGGCUACGGGAAUUAAGGAAACUUUGGAAAACAGUGCGCAUCAUAGAUGAUGGGCAAACGCUCAAUCACCCGGUUUUUAGAAUACUGCAAGAUGAUAUUUCAAGGUUUCAAGAAGACAGCCGAAGACUAAAUCGAGUAUUUCUCAAAUCUGAUGACAUAGCUUUCGAAAGCCAGGAGGAAGAAGAAGCUCAAAGUUAUGAGUUUAUGCAAAUUGUUCGGCAGUUUGAGAGUGCGUUCAGCCUCCAGAAAAUUCUUGAUUCAAAAGUUUGA